UACAGCUACACUCACCCAUGUAGCAUUAGCAACCUGAGCUCAAACAAAUGGCCGUCUGCUUUCUCUCGUCGUGUGGAAAAACGCGGUUUCAGCUGGGCGUUUCACCAUUCAAACUGCUCUGUCUUAGGUCCCGUAUUGGUUUCUCCAGCACUGCUGCAGAAAGGGACAAUACAGGACAUGACUGCCACAGUGAUGAUGGUGAUGAUGAUCACAGUCGCUCCGUAAUGCAUGUCAGAAUGUUGGAGAUGAGAGCCAACAAACUGGAGGAACAGGUCCGAGAUCUCACCCAAAGGUAUCAAAGAGCUUUGGCUGACUCAGACAAUGUUCGGAGAAGAACUCAGAAAUUUGUGGAGGAUGCUAAACGCUUUGGAAUUCAGAGUUUCUGUCGUGACCUGGUGGAGGUGGCGGACCUGCUGGAGCAGACUGUACAUGGCACAGAGGAGGACACACAGACCCUUACUCAGAGUUUGGAACUCGUACAGAACAGACUGCAACAAGUGUUCACCAAGCAUGGGCUGGAGAAGAUGAAUGUUGUUGGGACUGCUUAUGACCCCUAUCAGCAUGAGAUUGUGUGCCAUACUCCAGCUGAUGGACUUGAGCCAGGCUCUAUAGCUGUUGUCAAGCAGGACGGUUACAAGCUACACGGGCGCACUAUUCGCUUUGCGCAUGUGGGAAUUGCUGUAAAAGCACAGGAGUCAUAAUUGUGUGGUUUGUACCACUCAGACCUAAAACUCUUGUGCUUCAUUAUUGUACAGUUUUUUUUUUUUCUUUUGAUAGAUUUAUAUGUACAUGAUCCCUAAGGGGAAUUUUGGGAGAUUUACAUGUACACACAUAUACAACAAACUUGAUUAUUUAAUUCCCAAGUUGUUGAUUUAGUUUUGUAUUUUUGUCAUCGAGUUUAUAAGUUAUAUGUAACUCUAAUAAAUUAUUCAGGUGGACUACCUAUAA